AUGGAGUCUUCUGCAGACAAUGCCGCGCGGAGUGGUCCAGUUUCCGUUUCGGUUGCGCUGCCAUCGGACUGGACUGUGAACGAAAGGCAAAUGUGUGAUCUUGAAAUGAUCAUAAGCGGCGCCUUUGCUCCGCUUGAGGGAUUUAUGGGCAUUUCUGACUAUCAAAGCGUGUUGAAUUCGAUGACUUUGUGCAACGGCGAAGUGUUUCCGCUUCCCGUGGUGCUGGCGAUUCCGAAGUCUUGCUGCGGCGACAACGCGGCGACGAACGUGUACUGGAUGAGUUCUGCCUCCUCCGUGAGCACGAACCAAGGCCGCAUGCUUCUGCGGGACUCGGUGGGAACAGUGAUUGCGGAGCUGGGCGUGGAGAGCGUUUACCUGCCGGACCUGGAGGAGGAAAUGGAGAAGGUGUUGGGCACGACGGACGCGAACCACCCGUACGUGAAGUACCUGCGGGAGAACCACUCGGAGUGCUACUACGUGGGCGGGAAGAUCCGCGCGGUGAACGCCAUUGCGCACUUCAACUUCGAGAACUACCGCAUGUCUCCGGCGCUGUGCAAGGAGAAGAUCCGCGAGCGGGGCUUCGAGGUGGUGGUGGGUUUCCAGACGCGCAACCCGCUGCACCGCAGCCACUACGAGCUGGUGAAGCGCGCGCUGCAGCACGCUGCUGCUGCUGCCAAGAAGCGGCCCAUGCUGCUGCUCACUCCCGUCGUGGGCCCCACGCAGCCCGGCGACGUUCCUUACUACUUGCGCGCCCGCUGCUACGAGCACGUCAUCCGCCACUUCGAACAAGACCCUUCUUGCCAGUUUCCGCACCUCUGCCCCACCUCCGCCAGCACUCCUGCGCGCAGCCCGCGCGGGCACCAGCAGCAGCAGCAGCAGCAGCAGCAGCAGGAGCAGCAGGGGCCCAGCAGCAGCAGCAGCAACGCCAUGCUGGUGCUGAUUCCCCUCGCAAUGCGCAUGGCCGGGCCCCGCGAGUGCGUCUUGCAUGCGCGCAUCCGCAAGAACUACGGCUGCACCCACUUCAUCGUUGGCCGCGACCACGCGGGGCCUUCUGCGCGCCGCCAGGACGGCACUCCGUUCUACGGGCCCUACGACGCGCACAAGCUGCUGGGCUCCGUGGCCGCGCAGCUGGGGAUAAAUCCGAUCUUUGGCGAAGAAAUGGUUUACGUGGGGGAGCAGCACGGGGGGUACGUUCCUGCGGGGCGGCUGGCGGAGAUGCAGCAGCAGCAGCAGCAGCAGGAGCUGCAGGUGCACUCCAUUUCGGGCACGGAGUUCCGCAGACGCCUCACCGCUCGCCUCCCCAUCCCCGAGUGGUUCUCCUUUCCCAAAGUCAUUGAAGAGCUGCAGCAGUUUUACAAACAAAACCACGAGCGCGGCCUUUGCGUCUACUUCACGGGCCUGCCUUGCUCCGGAAAAAGCACUCUUGCAAAUGCUUUGGAGGCUGCGAUCCUCGAAAACCGCAGCGAAAGGCGCAACGUGACUUUGCUCGACGCCGACGUGGUCCGGCAGCACUUGUCGAAGGGGCUCGGAUUCAGCCGGGAAGACCGCAGGAAAUUUCCCGCGCUCGGCUCGGGCGCGCCCACUCGCGCUCGGGUGUACGUACACCUGCGCUGCAGCACGAACGUGCGGCGCAUUGGAUACAUCGCCAGUGAAAUUACGAAGCACGGCGGCAUUUGCAUAGUGGCGAACAUUGCGCCUUACACUUGCGACCGCGAGUUCAACAGAAAGCUGAUCGAAAAGGAAGGCGGCGUGUACGUCGAGGUCUACGUCUGCACGCCCCUCUCCGUCUGCGAAGAACGCGACAUAAAGCACUUGUACAAAAAAGCCCGACAGGGAAUCAUUAAGCAGUUCACUGGCGUUUCGGACCCUUACGAGGCGCCGCAGAAGCCCGAGUUGACGAUCGACUCCAGCUCCGACAUCAAGGACAAAGUUGCACAAGUCCACCAGUACCUCAGGGACCAGGGGUACGUCUUGGAGGCACCCCCCCUCAGCAAGUGCUGCUAA